UCCCGUCCAACGUGUGUACUAAAAUCUGGUUGAAUCCGUUUAAAGAGACUGACAAAAUGUCUGAAUUGACAGAGACUCAGAUUGAAUCCAGUGAUGAUGAACUCCCAGAGGAGGUCGCCUUUGAUGCAUCCAAAAGUGCUGCUCUGAAGAGCGUUAAAGACGCACUGGAAGCAGCCAAAAGAGAAAAGAUCCUACUGAAGGAGAAGCGAAAAAAGAGACAACAGCUGUUUCAAGAACAAAAGAAGAGAAAACGUCUUCCUCAAGAGCUCUUAGAGGAAUUUGAUAAAGAACCUCAAAAACAGACAGGUCCAUCAGACAACAAAUGUAUCAAGAAAAAGUAUCGAAUGACAAACAACUCUUUUAUAGAUAAGACGAAGACAGGGAACAUGCCUAAGAGAAUCUCAAAAAGUUUACCGGACAGCUACAGAGUAACGAGGAUAAAGGAUGAAUUUGCUGCAAAAUCAUUGCAACAAAAGGCCAUGGACUUCAUUCAGUCCCGUCUUUAUGGACCAGGAACCAAAAGAACAACCAAUGCAGAGCUUCUGUCCCUCAAAAAGAAACGGGGUGCGAGCAAAGGUGCAGCUGUGGAGUUUGUGAAUAAAAAAUUGGGUGCUUCCCAAAAAGCCAGGAUUGCAAGGUCCAACAAACGGUUUAUACGCCAACAGAAACUGAUUCCUUUAUGAGAUAAAACAGGAGAAAGAACUGCUGAAUUAUGAGAGUUCAACACAUGAAAACUGUCACACCUGGAGGCGGCUUCCAUCAUCCUGCUGUUUUUGACCAUGUGGAUCAUAUUUUUCAAAAAGACGCUUUUAAUUAUUUCGUGCAUUUUUCUUUAAACCUCAUAGUUAAAAAAUAUUAAACCUUAUUAUCAAAUAAGAUAGUAAUUUAAAAAGAAAUGACAGCUUAUAUCUUGUGUACAAAUUAAACUUAAAUCGGAACAUUUUUAAUAGUGGCAGAAGCUGAGUGUAAAUUUAAGUGUGCAUAUUUACUCUACACGUCAAUAAAUGUAAACCUGAUCUAAAGAUGAA